AACAAGACAAGACACUACUGCUUCUACACUCAAAAAUAGUACUGUGGGCGUGUGAGGAAGGAAAGGAGAGAUCGAGAGGAUGGUGGGAGUAGUGUACAAGCUUGAAUUUGCUCAUUUGUUUCUGCUGGUCUUAACCCUGUUCCAUGUGUUAUGUCAUGCCCAAGACUCCCCAGAGGACUACCUCCAUGCCCACAACAUAGUUCGUUCUGAAGUGGGGGUUGGCCCUUUGACAUGGGACAGCAAAGUAGCUGCUUACGCUCAUAACUAUGCUAGCCAGAGAAUCGGAGACUGCAAGCUUGAGCAUUCAGAUGGACCCUAUGGUGAGAACAUAGCCGGAGGUGGUGAUCCCUUUCCUGGCGUAGAUGCUGUGAAGAUGUGGGCCUCAGAGAAACAAUACUACGACUACGCCUCCAACUCCUGCAUUGGGGGAGAGUGCGGGCACUACACUCAGGUGGUUUGGCGCAAUUCUGUUCGUCUUGGGUGUGCUAAAGUUCACUGCAACAAUGGAGGCAUCUUCAUAAUCUGCAAUUAUGAUCCUCCUGGCAACUAUAUAGGCGAACGUCCAUACUAGU